AUGAAAUCAUCUUCUCCUUCAAAAAGAAGGUUGACAGAUGAUAGGAGGAAAUCUGAUACAUCUGCAUUAAAACGUGCUAAUAAGCAAUUACCAGCAUCAGAUAUGGAUGAUGAACAAAAAAAUAUUGAAAUUUUAAAGAAAUCUCUUCAAAAUGCGCAAUCAAGCGAAAACAAUAUUCUGUCACAAAUUUAUAGCUUGGAAAAUCAACUAAAUCAAAAUUUGGCAAAAUUAAAAUUAUCAAAUACCGAAAAGAAUCAAGUUAAAGACAUAGAAAAAAGUCUUCAAGCAAACUAUCAGCUUAGGAACAAGAUACUAUCGAUAUACAAUGAUAGAAAUAUCAAAAUCGAAAAUUCAAAGAAAGAACUUUCAGAUUUGAAGUUUAGGCUUAAAGGAAUUGAAGAUCAGCGAUUCCAUCGAGAACAGGAGAUCGACCAACUCCAAUCUCAAGCGGAUGAGAUGAAUGAGAAAAUGCAGGAAAUUGAACACUCAAUGAACGAAUUAAAAUGCACUUACGAGACAUUUCAGCAUCAAGUUGAACUUGCCCAACAGCAGGUUAACAAUAAAGAGGCUGAAAAGGCAAAAUUACUUGAAGAAAAGCAAAGUUUGAUUGAAGAGCUCGAACAAUCUAAAAAAGCCGCUGAAAAGCAUCGUAAAGAAAACGAAAAGAUAAUUUCAGACCUUAAGGCUCAAAUCGAACAAAUAAAAACUGAAAAUGAAGAAACAAAGAAACAAAUUGAGCAAACAACAGAAAAACAAAAUACAAUUGAGUCUAAAAUUGAUGAAACUAAUAUCGAAAUCAAGAAUUAUAACGAUGAAAUGUUUAAGAUUUUAGAAACUCUCAAAUUUUAUUCAAAAGAGAUUCAAACGAAUGAAUUUAAUAUAUAG